CAACUGAGAAAUAGGUCAAAACAAAUUAAAACUUAUUUCAGGAAAACAUUAUACCUAACACACCCUAAAUGUGUCAACUGAGAAAUAGGUCAAAACAAAUUCUACGGCCACACUCACUAUAUAUUACCUGACGAAGAAACUGAAAAAAAAAAAAAAACUCUCUUACAGAGAGAAUGGAAGGAAAGAACUCCGCCGACACCGACAACUCCGCCGGCGAUAUGCCUGAGUCGGUUUCAGUCGGAGAAGCUUCUGAAAAAAACGGCGCCGGUGAGGAGGAGCCGAUGCCUCCGGUGGACGGAGAAGAAGAGGAAUCAGAAGAGAGUGAUGCUGAUGCCGAAGGAGAUGGUGAUUCUGAUGCUGAAGAUGACUCGGAUUUAGUCGGAGAAGCUUCCGAUGAUGAUGAAUCUUCUGAAGACAUCGAUGACGGCGACGAUGAGGAGGAGCCGCUGUCUCCGAUGACCGUAGAAGAAGAGAUGAAUCAAGAGCCUGAGGAGAUUACGAUGGAGAUUCCGGUUGACGAAGGAAUUACUGAUAGCGAUGGAAAAGGUGAUGCCGAAGCUGCUGAGCCUCAAGAGAGAGUCGAAGCUACUAAAGAUGUGCAUACCAUUACUGAACUCAUCAGACCCGUUAGCUAUGCAGCAACUUUCGUCAAUGACAGGCAGGACGAUGUUUCAAUCACCUUUCUUGCCAAGAGGUCGGAUGGAAAGGAAAUGCUCGUUGAUAACAAGUUUCUUAAGAUCAAUAAUCCGCUUCUGUUGAUAGAUUUCUACGAGCAGAUUCUGCGAUUCAUCAAUCCCUCUAAAUGAGUUGACUCAAUGAAGGAAAUGUAUAUGUGGCUCAAUUAGCUUAAUCUCUUACUUGGGUCACGCAUAAAAUGUUGUGACUUAUUUGUUAUUGCAAGCUAGGGUGUUAACCCCUGUUAAGUUUAUAAGAAAAACUAGUAAUAGCAUGCUAGAGUAUAUAUUAUGAGGAACCUGUAGUAGGUUUUUAUGUUUCGCGAUAUACUAUGCUAGCAUAUAUAUUAUGAGAAACCUAUAUCAGAUACUGUUUUUCAAUAUAAUAUACUUCAUAAUUCUAUCU